CUCACACACACACUCUCUCUCUCCUGUGCUCCAUUUCACGCAUCUACAGUCUCACAUACAGGAACAGCAGACAGGACGCAAAACAAGGUGACUCCUGCAGAGGCCAUUCAAGCAGAGCCAGAUCAGUAAACAGUUUGGUGUCUAUUGACACAGCUUCAUCUGUGGCCCCAGAGACAUCAUGUCAGGGGACGGUAGCCAGGGUGACAAAACCCAGUGCAAUGGAGUCAAAAAGCACAGGUCAGCUCUUCCUGCUGCAAUGUUCUCACGAAACAAUGUCAGUAUGUGGGGCGUUCUCAAAAAAUGCAUUGGGAUGGAACUGUCUAAAAUCACAAUGCCGGUGAUUUUUAACGAGCCUUUGAGUUUUCUUCAGAGAUUGACUGAAUACAUGGAGCACACAUACCUCAUCCAGAAGACCAGCGCUUCACAAGACUCCAUCCACAGAAUGAAGUGUGUGGCAGCUUUUGCUGUGUCAGCUGUGGCCUCGCAGUGGGAGAGGACGGGAAAUCCCUUCAACCCACUGCACGGAGAAACCUACGAGCUGCUCAGAGAGGAUCUGGGCUUCAGAUGGGUCUCUGAGCAGGUCAGUCAUCAUCCGCCGGUCAGUGCCUUCCACGCCGAGGGCAUAGAGAGCGACUUCAUGUUUCAUGGAUCCAUUUAUCCAAAACUCAAAUUCUGGGGAAAGAGUGUGGAGGCCGAACCGCGUGGAAUCAUCACCCUAGAGCUUCCUCUCCACAAUGAAGCCUACACCUGGACCAACCCGACCUGCUGUGUUCAUAACAUUAUCAUGGGACAGCUGUGGAUUGAGCAAUAUGGAAAUGUUGAAAUUAUUAAUCAUAAAACUGGGGAAAGAUGUUGUUUGACUUUCAAACCGUAUGGCAUCUUUGGAAAAGAGUUGCAUAAAGUGGAAGGAUACAUUCUUGAUAAAAGCAAAAAAAAGAUCUGUGCUCUGUAUGGCAAGUGGACGGAGUGCUUGUAUUCUAUGGAUCCAGCGACAUUUAAUGCUCACAGAAAAUCUGACACAAAGCGCUCUGAGAAGGACAGGAAGGGAAGCACACAGAGUAAUAAUGCGGAUGAGGAGCCGGAUGAAAUGCCUCCUCCAGAAGCCGAGACAGUGCAGGUGAUUGCAGGAAGUGAGCUGAUCUGGAGGAUAUCACCGUGACCAGACAACUCCAGAAAAGUAUGCGGAAUAUGCCAUC